AGGAAGACUCUCGCCACCGAAAACACGAGGCAAUGAAACGAUUUCCGCCACUUACACUAUCUUCAAGUUGCUGUUCCAUAAACCGACACUGGAAUGUGGCGUACUAGGUUGUCCAAACUGCAUCUCAUCGCAUAGGUGCAGAGGUUAUAAGGAUGUACGUGCAGUCUAUUCCUCCCAUCAUCCUGAUAUUACUCUUCAUGUGUACGCGUAUCUUUAAAGCUCGACAUGCAUGCGGCUGCCCCGCACCCCUUCUACGAAUUGGACCCGACUACAGAACUCACGAGGGACCUUAUACACUCGACUGUCUUCGUAGCAAUUGUAAGCGGAGCACAUUUCACACCAUCCGCGUCCAUGACUGCAGGUAUUGUAUAAACGAGUUAGUACUUUGUUUAAGCACCAGCUGCGGCAUAACAGUGAAAUUCAACAGGAUGCAGUACGAGACGGAAAUACUGGCGGAAUCAUGUAAUGCGAUAGCCUGUGGCACACGUCUCUAAACAUUGUCUUCGUCGCAAUCCUGUCCAGGUCCAUUUUGCCGCAUCUGCCUUGUCUCGCAAUGUCCUUUCGCCUUUCGUUUCAAUUCCCACUCGAUCUUCGCGCUUUUCCGACCUUCGUUAUUGCGGGAAAAGGGGAUGCUAUCAACUUAGCCAGGAACACGGUUUCGAGUAUUCGACGUCCA